GCAAUAACGUGGAGACUUUUCUGGUUGAACCAAAAAGAACAAGACAAAGCGGUCGAAGGACAACUCAGCAGGAAAAAGAAGGAGAAGCAGCAGUGGGUAUCGCUGGGCGGCACAACGAUCCGGUCGACGUAACUUCGUGUCAUCAGUGGAGCGGGCCGGCAGGAUGUCCAAGCUGUCUCCAGAGUGUUCUCACAGAGCAGGACAGCUAGCAGAAACCACACUGGGGGAGUAUAUUGCGGCCUGGGGGUCACACAAUAGCAAAAUCCCGUCGACUGCCUUUUCUUCAGGGAAGGGGGAAAGAGCAGGCACUUUCCAGGUCAAUGGCUGCAAAUCAGCUUCUUUCUUUCUUCCUCCAUUUUUUUGGGAAGGUAUUACAGGCACUGCUGCAAAACUGGUCCUUGUCCGUGUUUCCUUCUGCCCUUAUGUGGGGGUUUCCCUGGGGACACAGCAGACCUGGGAGCAGAUUGUGUCACCUCCACUGAACGUCACACGCUUUUCUCCAAACUGUUGUGCAGUUUGCAUUUCUGCGUCAGAGCGCUCCCGCUUCACGCUGAGAAUCUCCGGUGGAGCAGAGAACAAGGUCACGGCCGCCAUGGAGCCCAGGGUCAUCUGCGUCGUGGUGCUGGUCUUCACGCUGGCCCUCAGCUCUCUGGCCCAGGGCCAGCUGGAGACGUGCGACGUGGAUCCUCACAAAAGAUCAAACUGCGGCUUUUCGGGAAUCACACCUUCCCAGUGCAAAGAUAAAGGCUGCUGCUUCGACAACACCGUGCGUGGGGUCCCGUGGUGCUUCCGCCCCGAGCCCGUGGACAACCCUCCCGAAGAGGAGUGUUCCUUGUAGACGCGCUUCGGCCGAGCCUCGCCAGGAGCUGCCAUGGCCUCCCCAGGGGCCGAGUGGCUCACGGGUCCUCAGGGCCUCCACACCUGCACCUUGGCUCGCUGCGUGGACGGACCACACACACACCCCUACUCAAAAUUGGCUUAAAGAUUAAAAGAGAUGGACAUCA